CCAUGCACGCACCUUCCUCUUCAUCCCUGAGAGACAAUCCCUAAAAACUGAAGAUGGGAAAAAUUAACGGAUGCCUAAAAUGCCUCUUUAUCUUCUUCAAUGUGCUGUAUGCAAUCCUGGGAUGUGGGCUGAUCUACAUGGUUGUGAAGGGCACCGCCUACAGCACACAGCUGUCGUCGGUUGGGAGCCCAGGCAUUGCUUGGGGUUGGGUGUUUGCCAUCGGCGUCUUUGCCAUUUCCUGCUUGGGAAUCUUCGCAGGAUGCGCCGAAAAUGGAAUCGCCCUCAAAAUAUUUGCAGGCUUCAUGGUUGUUGGAAUGGUCAUCAUGCUGAUCUUUGGCAUCGUUUUGGUUGUCAUGAGAGACAAGGUCAAAGAAAAACUUGAGAACCCCAAUUCUGAGGCGGCAAAGCCCUUUAUGGAAGUCCAGGAAACAAGGGCGAUGCUUGAGGAGAUACAGAAAACUGUGAUGUGCUGUGGAGUGGUGAGCUAUAAAGACUGGGAUGACCACAUCCCCGACAGCUGUGAGUGCAAGACUACAAAUGGAAGGGGAUAUCGAGAAUAUGCCGGACCUGUAGCUGAAUGUAAAUCCAAACCUCAGGGAGUGAGGGGGCCAGACCAAAUCUAUAGCCAGACAUGCGGUGGAGUAAUCUUUCAAUUCGUUAACCUCUUCUUCAAGAUCAUGAUGGGCUUCUGCUUUGGAAUGGCUGUCAAAGCUCUGCUGGGUCUGCUGAUCUCAAUCCUGAUGAUCCUUCAGGUCAGACGCCACGACAGCGGCGGAGGAGCAUCCAUCGCCAUGAAGGGCUACUAAAGUAGACCCUCCACCUCUGACCUCUCUUGCCUUCAACCCCUGCACUGUAACAGGAGGACUCAGUGGUCAAUACACGACCACUUCUUCAUUACUUUUUUUCUCCUACAUCAUUUCUGGCUUUUCAGAGAGGAACAGGCUAUUUCCCCAAAACAGGAGCCAGGUGGGGCAUUCUGCAUGAAGAUUUUAUAAAAUAUGUUUUCUUUAAUUCCAGCUUUCUAUAGUAGAGAAUAUUGCUUGAAUGACAAAGUUAUUUUUUUGUGGGUUUUUGUAUCUCUUUUGUUUAUCUCUUUUGGUUUACAGUAUUAUACUAGUCUUAUGUAACAGAGUCAUAUUGUAGAAUAGAAGCACUCUCUGCGCUCAACCUUCACCACAUCUGACUAUACAGUUUUAUUAACCCGAGGAGGUUGUUACAUCCAAAGACAUUAAAGAGCAACAGUGUUAUAAUUUGAAAAAUCCUCUUCUUUUCCAUCUUGAGCCAAGAAAGAAACAGCACAGAGAAAUUCAUUUAUGCAUCUUUGCUAUAAGCUUGAGGAUGAUAACUGCCAGAAAACUUGCUGACUCCUUCACCAAUUGGCCAAUAACUUUACAUGGUUUAUUCUAAAGAUAUUUGUGCCACCGACUCCAGUCUGCAAACUAUUUCUCUUUUUUUCCACCAUGUUGGACUGUCUUGCUUUUCCUUCUCUGUAAGGUCGACACUGUCAAAUUGGUUUCCUACUAGUCAACGUCGCAGGUUUACGCCCCAAAGUUGUACUUCAACUUCAUUGAGUUUGCUGCAAAAUGUAGCUGGUUUAAAGCUUGUGUUUGCCACAUCUCUAGUAAGAGUUGAUCAGAAAUUGAAGAUAUCAGUUUUUUGAGUGCCGAGAGAUUAGUUCAGCCUUUGUUUAGCCUAGCUUAGCACAAAAACUCAGAGUCGCGGGGUACUGCUAGCCUAGCUUUAAAACUCUUGUUGCCAAUGUCCUUUAAUCCAAUCUGAAUCUCACUCACAAUAAUGUUUUAUUUCUGAAAUGAUUACCAAAGAAAAGUCUCCAACAAACCUCCUUGGGUUAAAAAUAUCAGGUCAGAAGUAGACUUAAGCAGUCAGAUGUCUGUGUUAUUGUAAAAAAAUAAAUUACAAUGAAAUUGUAUAUUUUCCAUUCUAUGUAAAGUGCUUCAGUCAUGUAAAACCCUUGCACUGAACCUCUGCUAUGGAUUGAAGACUUGUUUCCACGUUGCUAAAUGGCAAAUCCUGACAUUUUCAAAAUCCCAGAAGAGAGCAGGUAACGUUGGGAACACUUGCAGCACUGAAAACCAAAAUUAGAGCAUAAGCUUAGUAGAAAAAGCAGAUGUGUUGUUAUGAUUGUUUUUCUAGAGGCCAAAGUAAAAUCAGAUUACAUUUUGUGCAGAGUUUAAUUGAGGAGUUCAGGAUUUUCAGGUCUCCCACAAACCUUGAGCAUCCCACCACCAUUAUAAAAAAAGGGACAAUGAUUAAAAUGGAAGACAAAUACUGUGAGAGGACUUGUUUUACUGUGAAAUUUGCACUCAUAUAAUUUCAGAAU